AGAGGUCGGAGACAAUGGACUCUAGGAUUGGGCCUCAUGAAAGUGAAAGCCCAAACUACCCUCAAUGAUUACUGAAAACUACUAAAUUUACCUUCUUUCGCCAUUAUCAUCCGUCGAUCUUCGUAUCGAAAAUUAAUCGAAGGCACACGCCGGCGCAGAAUCUCAGAGGGAGAGAAUGGAGCAACAUGAAGAGCAAGAGCACGAGGUGUACGGAGGGGAGAUUCCUGAUGAGGAAGGAGAGAUGGACGCUGACAUGUCUGGUGGAGCUGAACAUUACGAAGGCAACGAACAUGAUCUUGAGCAAGAUCCUAAUUCCAACUCCAAGGAUUUGGAGGACAUGAAAAAGAGACUUAAAGAGAUCGAGGAUGAGGCCGGAGCUUUACGUGAAAUGCAAGCUAAAGUCGAGAAGGAAAUGGGCGCUGUCCAAGAUUCCUCAGGUACUUCUGCAACUCAAGCUGAAAAGGAGGAAGUCGAUUCGCGCUCGAUAUAUGUUGGUAAUGUAGACUACUCAUGUACACCCGAGGAAGUUCAGCAGCAUUUCCAAUCCUGUGGAACAGUUAACAGAGUGACAAUUUUGACCGACAAGUUUGGUCAACCUAAAGGAUUCGCCUACGUUGAAUUUGUUGAAAUUGACGCUGUUCAAAAUGCUCUGUUGUUAAAUGAAACAGAAUUGCAUGGUCGUCAGUUGAAGGUCUCUGCGAAGAGGACAAAUGUUCCUGGAAUGAAACAAUAUCGAGGAAGGCGACCCAACCCAUAUUUCCGCUCCCGAAGACCUUUUAUGCCUAGUCCUGUUUUCUAUCCUCCUUAUAGCUAUGGGAGGGUUCCAAGGUUCAGGCGGCCAACCAGAUACAGGCCAUAUUAGGAUGGAUCUCACGUUGUUGGAUGUUGCAAAUUUUGAGAAGAGCAUUACUUCUAGUUUAUAAUGGUCGUAGCGUUGUUAUGUAACACGGAGGGAGAAAGUCGAACUGCGAUUUACUUACCGAAGGGCAAAUAUGUAACAUGGAGGGAGCCGUUCAUUUGACCUUGCAUAUGAUUUGAUUCAACAGGGAGAAAUGAGGCAAAUAUGCAAAUGUUGUAGUGAAAUAUUUCGAAAUUUUUUAAUUUUCUGGGUGUUGAUGAGUUUAUGUUGGAGAUUCUUGUUUGCUAAAGUAACACGACUUUCGCAUAGAUAUUAUAAAUGCAGGGAAAGGUUAGCAGUUUGCA